GGCUCAAGGUAGGGAAGGCAAUCUUGAGUUUCAUUGCCUGCCGUGAAAAUUGCCGCGUGGCAUUGGCAGCGUUAUUUUUAAACAAGAGCCUUGAGGACAACUCCCGAUGCCUUCCACUUUUGGCAGCGACGCGUCUGGAACCGUGUCUCGUGACACUCGAAACGGGCUCCUCCUCGCCUCCGGAGCGCUGGCGCUGUCGCAGCUGGUUGCGCCAAAGGCCUUCCUCGCGACUCCCGCUGCCGAACGCCCGACUUCUUCCCGAUCACUCCGAGGAGCCACACAGGAAACAAACCAGCAGAAAGGAUUGCCCCAUGCUUGGACGCUUUUUGGGACGGCCUCUGUUGCAGCCACCUCUGCAGCAGUGGCCAGGCGUCGCACAAAGACAUGUGGUCCUGGCAACGUCAAGGCGUUGCAAAGUCUGGUGAGGCCCUGCCGCAUUGCGAGGAGGGCCGUGGAGCAGGGUGACAUCGGCGCAAUGGCCCAGAUGGUGGUCGACGACCCGCACACCGCCACGGCGGCCAUGCAAGCCGCCUCUCACACUGCCACGGAGGCCUUCUCGCAGUUGACGGCCUUGCUGGGCCCUGCCCAGCCCGCUGCUGCCAUGGAUGCGGCAGAGGAUGGCAACAAGCUCUGGGAAUCGGUGUCCGGUUUUUUCUUCGACCCUCGUUUGCAGUGGGACGAGAACGGGAACGUGCUGCUGGACCCCCAGGGCAAUCCGCUGCCCGACAACUUGUGGACGCAGUUCGUGGCCUUCCAGGCCACGCUGAUCAAGCGCCUGGACCAGGCCAUCGCGGGGCUCGGGGUGCCGCAGUCCUUCGGCUUCGCGGUGGCCUCCUACACGCUGCUCAUCCGCACCAUGCUCUACCCCUUCGUGAAGGGCCAGUUGGAGACCACGGCCAAGAUCCAGGUGCUGGCCCCGAGGGUGAACGAGCUGAGGGAGAAGUACAAGGACGAUGAGGAGAGGCUGCAGACGGAGGUGGGGCUGCUGUACAUGGACUUGCAGGUGGAUCCCCUUGGAGCAGUUCUGCCCCUGCUGCUCCAGCUGCCCGUGUUCUGGGGCCUGUAUCGAGGUGUCCGACGCUUGGCCAUCGUGGAGUACCCGCAUUUGAAGGAAGGCUUCCUAUGGAUCCCCUCGCUCUUCGGCCCCAACUUCAAGCCCGACCCCAGUUUUGACUGGAUCCUGAACUGGCAGGGCCCUUUGAUUGAGCUUCACCCCAAGAUCGGCUGGACGGAUUUCGCCUUGUAUUCCGUCCUGCCCCUGUCCAUCUUCUUCUCCUACCGCUACGUGCUGAAAGACGCGCUUGAGGACGAGAAUGCGCCGAAGCUCCUGCAGUUCACCCCAUUUCUGCUGAGCUUCCUCACCAUUGAGCUGCCACAGGCCAUGGGUAUCUACAUCGCCACCAACAUCGCCUCGUCUUUGGCCCUCACCAGCUACACCAAGAAUCAGAUCUCCAGCAAGAUCCCGGGCUACGAGGAGUUCGUGAAGACGGGGAAGUGGCCCCCCGGCGUGGACCCGGAGAAGGUCCUGGCAGAGGCCUUCGGGGUGCAGCGCCUCACCGCCGCGGCGGAGGAGAACCCCCACUCCGUGCCCGAGGCGGUUUUUGCGGCGCGGGCUGACUACAUCCCCACCCUGCUGGAGAACGGCCGCAAGAUCGACGAGCUGGAUGACAAAGGAAUCCCAGCAAGCAUGUACACGCUGGCCUUGAACAACGCCGGUCUCCUGGAGAGGCUUUUCGAGCUGGGCGCGGACCCAAGGGUUCGCGACAAGCGGGGGAACAACCUGCUUCACUACGCCUCCGGCUACGGAAGGGCGGACUUCCUGCCGAUUUUGCUGGGCAAAGGCCUCGAGGAUUUGCUGAAUGACACCAACGAGGACGGGCAGACCCCUUUGGAUGUGGCCAGGACGAACCUGUCUCAGGCGAAAGUGGCUGACGAGGUGCGCCCGGUCAUCGCCCAGCUGGUGGAGGCCGGGGCGGAGGGGAAGCAGACCACCGCCGAGGACGAGGCGCGCUUCGAGAAGGCCCGGGAGGACCAGAUCCGGGAGGAGCAGGUGACCAAAGCGCGGUCCGCCCUGAAAGCCUUGGCCAUGGCGGCGCAGAAGGGGGCCGAGAAGGCCCACGCAGUUGAGGAGGCGGCCGCAGAACCAAAGCAUGAGGAGGAUGUUCUGGAUCAGCGCGUGAAAUCUCCGCUCAGCGAAUCCCUGGAGAGGGUGCGCUCCCUUGACCUUGAUGAGCUCAGGGAGAGGCUUGGUGGGAAGAUGUCGGAGGAGCAGUUGGAGAAGCUGUCCGCGCGGCUCGCCACCAUGAGCCCCGAGGACUUGGCGAAGUUCGCCGCCGGCCUGCCUUCCGUGAAGGCGGAAGCGGAAGCGGCGGAAGCGGAAGCGCAAGCCAAGGCCGAGAAGGAAAAGAAGAAGCAGGAGGAGCGGGCACGUGAAAGUGUGAUCGUGGACUGAGCGACCUCGCCUCACCAAAAAAUCCGCACUGAUCAGCCAGACGGCGUCAACGAUUUCUCACACGAGCAA